AUGCCCCAAACCGGGAACCAGACGAGUCUGUACAACAGGCUUGUCAUUGCUUUUGUUGCUCUCGGAGGCACUACGUAUGGAUAUGCUGCUUCCAUUAUCGGCAGUACCAUUGGCCAAAAGGGAUGGUACAAGUUCUUUGACCUGCCUGAAGUGGGCGAGCCUGGCUACGACACAAUCACAACGCCGGCUAUCGCCACCGCCAAUGGCCUCUUUGCAGCUGGAGGUGCCGUUGCCUGCCUCAUUCUCAUGUGGGCGUGCGAUUACUUUGGCCGUCUACGAAGUAUCCAGUUUGGCUGUGCUCUCGGUAUUCUUGGCGGAGUGCUACAAGCCGGUGCUCAAAGUCUAGCCAUGUUCCAAGCCGGACGAUGGAUCAUGGGAAUGUGUGUAGGUCUCAUGGCAACAGUAACGCCCAUGUACCUCUCCGAAAUGUCGAGUCCCUAUGCUCGCGGCUGGCUCGUCGGCCACCACGCCAUCUUUCUCGUCUUUGGCUACAUGCUCUCCUCGUGGAUCGGCUUCGCCGUCUACUUUUCCGACAACCAAGACUUUGGAUGGAGGUUUCCCCUGGCCAUCCAGGUGGCGCCACCCGUGGUGCUCCUCCUGGGUUCCCCGUGGGUUCCACGAUCUCCACGUUGGCUCAUGUCCAAGGGUAACAAGGGUGAGGCUUGGACCGUGCUUGCUCGUCUUCGAAAGUCGCCCAAUGACCCUGAGGAUCUCGUCGCUAGGGAAGAGUACUACCAGAUUGAGAAGCAGCUUCAGCUUGAUGCUGAGAAGCUUGCUGCUUAUGGUGGUAGCCCGUGGAAGGCUGUGCUGCAGAAGAAGAGUUACCGCAAGCGCAUGAUUAUCGGGUUUCUUACACAGUGGGGUGCUGAGUUUGGUGGUCCUCUCAUCAUCAACAACUAUGCAGUCAUUCUCUAUACCAGCCUGGGUCAGACUGGCUACAUGCCUCUGCUCCUCUCGGCCCUCUGGCUGACCACUGCCGGGCUCAUCUAUAACCCCGGUGGUGCCUGGCUCCACGACAAGGUCAACUCGCGCCGCAAGAUGUACAUGACUGGCUUCGUCGGCAUCAUCAUCACCACAUCCAUCUACUGUGCCAUGAUCUCCCAGUAUGCCGGCACUGGCAACAAGGCAGGUAAUGCGAUUGGUGUCUUGUUCAUGUUCCUGUACCUCGCCUUCCAGGGAACCUUCUGCAACACGACCAUGUACCUGUACGUGUCGGAGAUUUUCCCGACUGAAAUUCGUUCGAUCGGCAUCGGUUUCUCCCUAUUCGGCCAAUUCGCCGCCACCAUCAUCCUCCUUCAAACAGCACCCAUUGGCUUUGCAGAAGUGGGUUGGAAGUACUUCCUCGUCGUCAUCGUCUGGAGUGUUCUCUUCGUGCCUGCGAUCUACUUCUUCUGGCCCGAGACCGCCCGGCUAUCACUCGAGGAGAUCGGAAAGCAGUUUGGCGACGAGGUUGCAGUGCAUAUCACCGAUGCGACCGCUGAGGAGAGGGCGGCUGUGGAUCAGCAGCUGACGCAGCACGAGAUUGUCGAGACCAAGGACAAUAAGGCGCUCGAUACUACGGACAUUGCAGAGGAGGUCCAGUCUAGUCGCAGCAGCGUUGCUGGGUCCAGGGUCUAA